UUGUCAAUCCCAUACAUAAAACAAUGCCAAAGUCGCGAUAACAUGGCGAAAUACAGAUUCAGCGCCAUGUUGGGCAUUUGUAUCAUCGCCGCCAGCCUACUGUCCGCGGGGGCUCUCGCCUCCUCCCCCUUGCAGCUACUUCCACCCGCCCCUGGCUUCGAUACGCAAGAGGGCACAUGGGAUGUAAAGGCAAGCAGCAGGAAGAUCUAUAUCGAGGAGACUCUCGCCACAACCAAGGAUACAGACGGUCUGACUCUCAUCCCACCUAGCGGCCACGACUUUGCCGAGGUCUUGCUCGAGGACCUCGACGCGGUCACCGGGUAUGAAUGGUCCCUCGAGACAGUCUCCUCAUUACCAGACCCUACCACUGCGGACGGCGCAAUCCUGCUGGGCGCCUUUACAGGCAACAGCUCAUCAAUGACCUACGAAAAUGGCGAGGAAACAACGGAGGGAUAUGAACUAACAAUAUCCCCCUCAUCCAUCUCAAUCAACGGAUCUGGCGCCAGGGGUAUGUUUUGGGGAACGCGUACUCUCCUCCAGAUGCUCCUAGUCGGAAACAACACACUCCCACCAAGCCAAACCCUCGACGCCCCCGCAUACGCCACACGCGGCUACAUGUUCGACGCCGGCCGCAAGUGGUACACAAAAGACUUCCUGAAAGAAAUGUGCAGCUACGCGUCGUUCUUCAAAAUGAACGAAUUCCACUACCACCUCAGCGACAAUUACCCGCUGAACCGCGGACGGAAUGAAUCCUGGCAGGAUGUCUACUCACAUUUUAGUCUUCUCCCGCAAGACGAAGAGCUCAGAGGGAUUAUCCACGGGCGCGAGAAUGAGACACUCUCGCGCGAGGAGUACGCGGAUAUGCAGCUGCACUGCGUGAGUAGGGGGAUUGCCGUUAUUCCGGAGAUCGAGGCGCCGGGCCAUUGUCUGUAUGUGACCAAGUGGAAGCCCGAGCUUUCGCUGCCGAAGCGCGAUUUGCUGAACCUUUCGCACCCUGAGACGAUUCCGACUAUUCAGCGUAUCUGGGCUGAGUUCCUCCCGUGGUUCGAUGUGAAGGAGGUGCACGUCGGCGCGGACGAGUACGACGCGACGCUCGCAGAUGACUAUAUCAAUUUCGUGAAUACAAUGGCCGACUUUGUAAACGAGACCUCCGGGAAGAGUAUCCGGAUCUGGGGGACGCCCAUGGACGAGCCGAGCACAGAUAUCCAGAUAAACCCAGAGAUCACAAUCCAGCACUGGCAAUUCGGCCAAUCGGACCCGCUCGACCUCGUCGCGCAGGGUCACGCCGUCAUCAACUCGAACGACUGGUGGGCGUACAUGGGGAUCAAGAACGACCACACGCCGAUCUACCCAGCGACAUACCCGCAGUUCUUCAACGAGAGUCGGAUUCUGGAUUUCGGCGAGGUGCCCGGGUGGCAGUGGACGCCGAAGGACUUUAACCAUGUCAAUGCGAGUUUGCAGCUCCGACCGGAGGAGCCGUUGCUCAAGGGGGCUGUUAUGGCGGCGUGGAAUGAUAAUGGGCCGGAUGCGUCGACGAAGCUCGAGAUGUAUUAUGCCAUGCGGAGGGGGAUUGCGCUUGUGGGGGCGCGCGCGUGGAGUGGGAGUCGGGGGCCCGAGGUUAACCCCGAGACUCUUGCGACGAGCAUCGACUUCUUCUCGCCUCUAGCGCCGGCGCAGAACCUCGACCGGGUCAUUGUGCCCGAUGCCGGGAAUGGGGAUCGCGACGUUCUCUUCUCCUGGAGGCGCCCCGCGUGUUCACCCGCCAACAACCACACCACUCUCGGCAGGGGGAGCAAGGGGAUGAACUACACUCUGACCCUAAAGGCCACAGGCCCUUUUACCCUCUCAAGCGCCGACAAUACCCUCUCCCUCACCGAAACGGGGGAGCUGAUCUUCAACGAGGACGGAUACAUGUACCCGCUCCGCUCCGUCACGGCGGAAGACGCCCUUGAACUAGAUCCUGGCCACCCGGGCCGUAUCUGGGUGAAUACAACGUCGACCCAUGAGCCUGUUCACGUUGACGCUGAGAGUCAGAGACCUGUGGAUAUCAGAAUUGCAACGGACGUCGAGCAUGGGGCAGUGGUGUGGAUUGACGGAGAGCUGGUGGGAAGGUUCGAAGUUUUCGUGUAUGGGGGCCGGAAUCUAGAGUUUAGCUGGAGCCAGAUGGCAUUUGUUGCGCCGUUGGAAGAGGCUUUUGGAACCGGGUUAGUAGAGGUGAAGGUUGAGGGAGUGGCGAGGUUUUCAGAGUGAUAUUGGAGCAGCUGGAUGACCAUCCAUGGCAUGAAGAUAGGUCAACUAGGUCACCAAGUAUAUAUACAUCCUGGCAGGCAUUGAUGGAAUUCUAGGUGUACCCCCCACUGCGUUCAAACGUUAUACCUUGAUAAUAAAAUAAGAGGACCCGGAACAAGCCUCUCCCCGUCCAGUCACAAUCUCAAGU